AUGGAAUCGUUUCGCAAGACGGCAGAGGAGCGCCUCGCGCGAAUCGAGCAGCUCGAGUCGGAGGCGCUCGAGGCUGACGCCAUCCGCCGAAAGCUUCAUAACCAGAUUCAGGAGCUUCGAGGCAACGUCCGCGUGUUCUGCAGGGUUCGACCGACCACCUCGGAGACCGCCAUCGUCGACUGCGCGCCCGACGGCACCAGCGUCGAGCUCAAGAGGAGCGACGCCGACGUCGCCGGCUUCGAGUUCGACCGCGUGUUCGGCCCGUCCUCCACCCAGUGCGAGGUUUUCGACGAGGUGUCGCAGCUGGUGCAGUCCGCGCUCGACGGCUACAAGGUUUGCCUCUUCUCCUACGGCCAGACGGGCUCCGGCAAGACCCACACCAUGCUCGGCGAUCAGCACAACGAGGAGACUCGCGGCAUCAUCCCGCGCGCGGUGGCUAAGGUUGUCGAGGCGUCCGAGGCUAACGCCAAGAAGGGCUGGAAGUACCGAAUGUGCGCGUCGUACGUCGAGAUUUACAACGAGCAGGUUCGCGAUUUGUUAAAGGCGGGCAGCGGCCACAGCGACAAACACUCCAUCGCGCACGUCGACGGCGUCACCGAGGUUUCCGGCGUCAACAAGGAGCCCGUGGAGAGCGUCGAGGCUGCCGCGGGUUUAGUCCGCCGCGCCGCCGCGGCUCGGGCGGUGGAGGCGACGCAGAUGAACGCCGUCUCUUCCCGGUCGCACACCAUCUUCAUGCUCUACAUCACCGGCGAACACGAGGCGUCCGGGUCGAGGCUGACGGGGUGCCUCAACCUGGUGGACCUCGCGGGGAGCGAGCGCGUGGGGAGGUCCGGCGCGGAGGGCGCCAGGCUGAAGGAAGCGUGCGCCAUCAACAAGAGCCUCUCGUGCCUCGGCGACGUGUUCCAGGCGCUGUCCAACGGCCAGAAGCACAUCCCGUACCGCAACAGCAAGCUCACGUACCUCCUCCAGCCGUGCCUCGGGGGCGACGGCAAGACGCUCAUGUUCGUCAACAUCAACCCGGAGGCGCCGAGCGCGGAAGAGAGCAUGUGCUCCCUCAAGUUUGCGGCUCAGGUCAACGCCGUGGAGCUCGGGAGGGGCGGCGCGAAGAGAAACAUCGUGUCCGGCAUCGGCAAGAAGGAGGACAAGGAGGACUCGUCCUCCGGCGACAAGAAGCCGGACGACAAGAAGAAGGUUGGGAAGCGACCGGCGACUGCGAGGACCGCGGCCGGCGCGGCGAAGAAGUCCAAGCGAUGA